UCGGAGCGCGGCGGACAGUCGACAAUCUAUUCUGAAAAGUAGCAACAUGUCUGGACGAGGCAAAGGAGGAAAGGGACUCGGGAAAGGAGGCGCCAAGCGUCACCGAAAGGUUCUUCGUGAUAAUAUCCAGGGCAUCACCAAGCCCGCUAUCCGUCGCCUGGCUCGCCGCGGCGGUGUGAAGCGUAUCUCCGGUCUAAUCUACGAGGAGACUCGCGGUGUCCUCAAGGUGUUCCUGGAGAACGUGAUCCGUGAUGCUGUAACCUACACCGAGCACGCUAAGAGGAAGACCGUCACUGCCAUGGAUGUGGUCUACGCUCUGAAGAGGCAGGGACGUACCCUGUACGGUUUCGGCGGUUGAAUUAUCUUCCACCCUCAAACUAAAGGCUCUUUUAAGAGCCGCCCAAAUAUUUAACAAAGGUGCUAAACUUGUAGCCAAUGUACAGUACACAGCUUGCACAAUUCCACACAAUGUAUGCAUGAAU